AUACGGAAUAAAACCAUAAGUACUCAUUUUGGAACAUGAAAAAAAGAAAAACUUACUGGCGGAUGCGCAUGCGUCGCCAUUUUGGUAACUGUUUUCGGUUAGCAAGACGACGAGAUUAUUGCCGCCUUUGUGGCGAAAUGUGUCCUCAUAUUUAGCUUUUAAUCAUUUCUAAGUACAUUCGUAGUCUCGAUGCACUUUGACGCGUCCCAGCUGAGUUUGCUAGCUGCUCACCAGGAGACGCGAUCAACACAUCAAACAAUCACAACACAAAUGUUGUGAUUGUUUUGAAAAUGUGCGAAAGAACGAUUGCAAAGUACGAGGAGGAACUUUCUAGAACAAAAGAGGAGAAGGAGCGACAACGUCAACUACUGGACGCUCUUUUCAACAAACAUCAACAAACAGGUGUCCUCAGUCCUCAGCAGCAGGAGUGGACCUCCAUGGUGAAGCAGGAGGAGCCACAGCCCCCCCACAUCAAAGAGGAAGAGGAGGAACACAGCAUCAGUCAGGAGGGGGAACAUCUUCAAGGACCGAAUGAGUUCUCGGUGGUCGGUGUCAUCGUGAAGGGUGAAGGUGAUGCGGUCAAAGGUGAAAGUGAGGAGAAGAGAGAGGCGGAGAGACCAAGCAGCAGCUCAAGUCAACACAUGACAAGAGAAGGUGAUGGUGGAGGAUCACAAGCAGACUUAGCUCCACUGUCAGAUAGUGAGGACACAACGUCACACUCUUCUGACACUGAUGAUGAUGAUGAUGAAGACUCUAAGGCCGACAGAUGCUGGAAAUGCUCUGAAUGUGGCAAAACCUUCAGCAGGAAGGGAAAUCUCAAUGUGCACAUGAGGAUCAUUCAUGCAGGCGAGAAACCUUUCUGCUGUCAAAUGUGUGGUAAACAAUUCUCUACAAAAGCACACGUGGCGCGGCACGCCAGAACGCACUUUGGCGACGACGACGACAACACGCGCUUUCAGUGCUCCCAAUGUGACAAAACUUUUAGCAGCAAGGGGAAUCUCAACGUGCACAUGAGGAUAAUACACAAAGGCGAGAAACCAUUCGGCUGUGCAAUUUGCGGUAAGCGAUUCUCCACAAAAGCGCACAUGGCGACACACACAAGAACGCACUCCGGUGACAAUGGCAACGCGCGCUUUGAAUGUUCUCAGUGUGACAAAACGUUUAGCAACAAAGGAAAUCUGACCGUGCACAUGAGGAUCAUUCACAAGGGCGAGAAACCGUUCUGCUGCGCAAAUUGCGGCAAGCAAUUCUCGUCGAAGGGUCACGUGACGGCGCACAUGCGAACGCACACCGGCGAGAAACCAUACGCCUGCUCGGUCUGCAACAGACGUUUCUCUCGUUGGUCACUGGUGGUGCGACACCAGCGGACGCACACCGGAGAGAAACCGUUCACUUGCUCGUCAUGCGGCGUGGCAUUCUCUCAAAAGUCAGUUUUGCAGUGA